AUGGCUGUGGCACGCAAAAUCAAAACUUUGCUGACGGUCAACAUUCUGGUGUUUGUCGGUAUCAUCUUGUUCUCCGUCUACUGCCGGAUCCAAGACCGCUCCGAAGAGCUCGUCCAAGUCGGACGCAUUUCGGACCAGAGGUUAAGGGCCAGAAAUGGCAAAGUUGUUACGAACUUGGUGGACAGGCAGUCGAUCCUGCAGAGACUGGAGAGACUUGAAGACGUGGUGUACAAUCAGUUGAACGGUUUGGCCAAGCCCAUGGGCCUGGUGGAGGGGCCGGGCGGGCUGGGUCAGGGCGGGGCGGCGGCCACCCUGGGGGAGGACAGCCGCGAGGCGGCGGAGGGCAAGUACGAGGAGUACGGCUACAACGCCCAGCUCAGCGACCGCAUCUCCCUCGACAGGAGCAUCCCCGACUACAGGCCAAAAAAAUGUAAGCUGCUAAGCUACCCAGAGGAUCUCCCCCAGAUUUCGGUGGUGUUCAUCUUUGUGAAUGAGGCUCUAUCCGUCAUCCUGCGCUCCGUCCACAGUGUGGUCAACCACACGCCUGCACACCUCCUCAAAGAGAUCAUCCUGGUGGAUGACAACAGCGACAGCGUGGAGUUAAAGUUCAACCUGGACCAGUAUGUGAACAAGCGCUACCCAGGCCUGGUGAAGAUUGUGAGGAACAGCAAGCGCGAGGGCCUCAUCCGCGCCAGGAUACAGGGCUGGAACGCUGCCACCGCACCCGUCGUGGGCUUCUUUGACGCUCACGUGGAGUUUAACUCAGCUUGGGCUGAGCCCAUCCUGACCCGGGUGAAGGAGGACCACACCCGCAUCAUCCUGCCGGCCAUCGACAACAUCAAGUACAACACGUUCGAGGUGCAGCAAUACGCCAACGCGGCGCACGGCUACAACUGGGGCCUGUGGUGCAUGUACAUCAUCCCGCCCCAGGACUGGCUGGACAAGGGCGACGAGACCGCCCCCAUCAGGACACCAGCUAUGAUUGGCUGCUCCUUCGUGGUUGACCGGGAGUACUUUGGAGAGAUCGGCCUGCUUGAUCCAGGCAUGGAGGUCUACGGGGGUGAAAACAUUGAACUGGGCAUGAGGGUAUGGCAGUGCGGCGGGAGCAUGGAGGUGCUGCCGUGUGCCCGCGUGGCCCACAUCGAGCGCACCAAGAAGCCCUAUAAUAACGACAUCGACUACUACGCCAAACGGAACGCGCUGCGGGCCGCUGAGGUCUGGAUGGACGAGUACAAGUCUCACGUCUACAUGGCCUGGAACAUUCCCAUGAACAACCCCGGGGUGGACUUUGGGGACGUGUCGGAGCGGAUGGCCCUGAGGAAAAGGCUGAAAUGCCGGAGCUUCCGCUGGUACCUGGAGCACGUGUACCCAGAGAUGAGGAUCUACAACAACACCAUCACCUACGGGGAGGUGAGGAACAGCAAGGCGAGUGGCUACUGUUUGGACCAGGGAUCUGAGGAGGAUGACAAGGCUAUCCUGUACCCCUGCCACGGCAUGUCUUCCCAGUUGGCGCGCUACUCCACGGAGGGCCUGCUGCAGCUGGGACCGCUGGGCUCCACCACCUUCCUGCCCGACACCAAGUGUCUGGUGGACGACGGCCGGAACCGCACUCCCAGCCUCAAGAAAUGUGACGCUGUGUCUCGAACGUCACAGCGUCUGUGGGAUUUCACACAGAACGGUCCAAUCAUCAGCCGAGAUACCGGACGCUGUCUGGAGGUUGAGAUGGCUAAAGACGCUAAUUUCGGACUACGGCUCGUGGUGCAGCGAUGCUCCGGACAGAAGUGGAUGAUACGUAACUGGAUUAAGCAUCCCAGGCACUGAGGGGAGGGCGUAAUCCCACUUUGUUGCGUGAUAAUCCCAAGGACAACGUACAGUUGCGUUAUUAUCGCCAACAAUGAACCAAGAAGGAAUUAUUCUCUUUUUUUAUUUUGUAAAAGUCACAAAACAAGUGAUCGACUCCAGUGAAUGCGUGCGACUACUCCACAGACAAUAAACCUCCUCUUUUUUUCUGGAGUGAACAUGCUUUUGAAAGAGCGAGUCUACAGAUAAAAUAUGAUCAAUAAACACAUUUUCAAAGCUGCCAAGGGACCCACAGAUACUGACCACAGUGAAAACGGCAGUUUUUUUUCCUCUUCAUUUUUUUGCCAUAUCCAACAUUUCUUACGCCUACCUGCAAUACAGGCACAGAGCAAACACGUGAAAGGCUGGCACUUACGUUAUACAAGCUUGUAAAAACGGGAUUGUGUAAAUUCAGCCUGUGUGCUGUCAAGGGUUGUGUCAAGGUUUAUUUAAAGACAGAGGGGAGGAAAAAAAGGUCCGUUAAAGUCACCGUGUCAGCUAUAAAUAAGAAUCAUGUGAGGAGUCUACCACUGUAUAUCCGAACUGCAAACAUGAAGAUAAUCCUAUCCAGAGCCGGUUUUAUCAAUAAGCAGACUUGGCAGUUGCCUAGGCCCCCAUCAGUUUUUGCCCAUUGCAGGGGGCCCCCAAACAGCCGUCCAAGCCAUGGUCAAUACCAGCAAAUUCAAAAGGGCCCGUGUCUAUAUUUAGCCUAGGGCCCUGAAAUGGGUAGAACUGCCUCUGAUCCUAUCACGAUCCAGCACUAUCAAGACUGCAACUGGCCUUUACUUUUUUCAUGAUUUUUUUUUACCAUUAUUUCUUUUUUCAACUCUAUCGCUUAUGCACAGAUGAGAAUCAUGUGGUCACAGGAGGAAUCAUGUGCCUUUUUCAGUCAUUGUUUUGACUGGGGAAUGUGACCCCUUCCCCCUUCUAAAGCAUGUACAAUACUUUUAACUUAAUUCUGAAUAUACCUAUAAAUAAAUGUAAAGAUGUCUUAUAAUAGUAUGUUGUAAAACUUAAAAGCGUUUAUCGGU